AUGUUCUGCUUACUCCUGGGCCUCAUCAUCCUCGACAGCGCCGUCGCGCUGCAGUCGCCGGCGAAGCGCGUCCAGCGAGCGCCGCGCCUGCUCAAGCAGUGCCGCGGCGGCGCCCUCGACGCGUCGGCCAUCCCCGGCGGCGAGUGGUACGCCACGGAGCUGAAGAGCAACCCCAUGCGCACGCGCAUGUGGACGUCGGGCGCCAUCGCCGGCGGCGGCGACGUCCUCGCGCAGACGCUCGCGAGCCAGCCCUUCAACGCGGAGCGCCUCUGCGCCUUCGUGCUCGUCAACGCGCUCUUCAUCGCGCCCGUCGUCGGCCCCUGGUUCGCGUUCCUCGCGCGCAGCGCGGACCGCGCGCGGCGGGAGACGGAGUUGCCCUCGUGGCUCAUCACCGCGAUCCAGACGCUCGCGGACCAGACGGCCGGCGCGUUCACGGUGCUGUCCGCCUUCUUCGUCGUCAACGAGCUCUUCCGCUGGCUCGUGGCGUCGGUCUUCGCGCUGCAGGUGCUGCCCUUCGUGCCCGCGCUCGACGCGGGCGUCGCGGCCGUGCGCACGCAGCUCAUGAUCACGAUGCACGCGAACUGGAAGAUCUGGCCCAUCGCGAACUACCUCAACUUCGCCUUCGUGCCCGCCGAGUUCCAGCUCCUCGCGUCCAACGUCGUCGCCUUCUUCUGGAGCGCGAUCCUGUCCGCGCUCGCGAACUAA